AUGGUAUCAAUGCUAUCACCAAUAUUGAUAACAAUGAUAAUUUUUGGUGGUUUAAAAAUUGGAGAGUGUAUUUUGAUGAAUGAAAACGAGUCUGAAAUUACUGAAGAAGACUUGCGUGUACUAUGUCAACUCCAUCUUUUGAACAAGUUGUGCUACGAACAUGCUGUUGAGAAGCGAAAAUCAGCGUAUAUGCGUUUCGGACGAUCAUAUCACGCUCUUCCUCGAACUGAUUUAUCUGCAAUGGCAAAACGUAAAAGUGCUUAUAUGAGAUUUGGCAAAAGGUUAUCAAAUUACAAUAAUGAAGAGAUUCACGAUCAAGUCAAGCGAAAAUCUGCAUACAUGCGGUGA